UCGAGCCGUUUCACUUACCUGCUAAGCUAGGAUCUCUGAUGUAAAUACUGCCGUAUGCGUUUCAAAUCGGUAGUAGUUCUGAGAGAUUCGUAGCGCACGUGGAAGGCUGAGAUAUAUAAAUCUUAUUGCGAGAGAUCCUAUGAGAAAUAAGAUUUUUGUGGAUAAAACUCUUUCUUCUUUAAAGUCCUGAACAGUUUCAGUUUCGUAGAUCGUCUAUAAAAAGAAAGAUUUUUGCGGUUUGAGGUGUGGUGGAAGAUGUAGAAGGACUGUGAAAAAAAUUGUGUGUAUGGGCCUCUGGAGCCAAGCCUGAGCGAGAAGCUAGGGCGGCCCUAGAGCGGCCCCAAGCUCAGUGGCCCCGAUGACUCGGUCUUCGAUGGACGUGCGCCAUCUCAACAAGCGCCUCAGCAAAAGACUAAAAGCCAAGGCUGCCCUCAAUCGAGCAGCUCUUAGUAAACAACUCUUCCAGAGCCUUCUUGCCAAAUCAUUGCUAAAAGGCAGAGGCCUGGCCAUACGGACUUCAACUCAACUACCGUUGCCCUUGCCUUGGCUCGCGCUAUUGAUGCAUCAUCCGAUACAAAUGAAGCCUGCCGACAGUGAAAAUAGAAAUGAACGGAAACUUUUUAUUGGUAUGCUGUCCAAAAAGUGUACGGAAAACGACGUCCGUCUCAUGUUUUCCUCCUUUGGUAGCAUUGAGGAAUGCACAGUAUUGCGAGACGCUUCUGGACAAAGUAAAGGUUGUGCUUUCGUCACUUACGCAUCUCGGCAAUGUGCCAUCAACGCUAUCAAGUCCAUGAACCAUUCACAAACAAUGGAGGGAUGCAACAGUCCAUUGGUUGUGAAGUUUGCUGACACGCAAAAAGACAAGGACCAAAAGAGGCACUACCAGUUAAUGGCCAAUCUAAUGAACAUGGUAAAUUUAGCGAAUUUAGGAGCUGUUGGUCCGCAGUAUUUAACGGUAAACGAAACUACAUCACAACCAGGUUUUGGUAGUUUCACUAAUCUUCCUCAGGUUUCUAGUGGUCUUAGUUCCCUAAGUGUGCAACAGAUUGCUGCCUUAGCAGCCGCCCAGGCAUCUGUGAAUACCAACAGUGCAGGUCUUAAUUCAUUAAACCUACAAAGUCUUACUGGUCAAGGAGUAAAUCCCAGCAUAGGUUUAUCAAGUGCAAGCAAUAGUGCUUCAGAGUUAAAUAGUGCGAGUCUACAAAGUAUUGCUGCUUUAGCUGGUUUAGCAAAUUCCUCUGGUUUAAAUCCUGUAGUGAUGCAAAAUUUAGCUGCAUUAGCCGUAGCUGGAAACUCACCAAAUUCCGCUGGCUUGAGUUUAUCAACACCUGGCAACAAUUCAAGUACUAGUUCUUCUUUAAGUGGAAUUAAUUCUAUUAGCCCUGUGACAAGUAUGGCAUUAGGAAUAUCAAAUUCAUCGUUAGGCAGCUUAUCUGGAGUAAAUGGGAUUGGAAGUAAAACUGCACUCUCCACCAAUGGAGCUUCAUUAGAAGCUUUAACUCAAGCAUACUCGGGCAUUCAGCCAUUUUCUGCUAUUCCAUUUACCCGAAUAGGCCUUCAGUCCCCCAGUCCAGCAGGCAAACAAAUCGAAGGUCCUGAAGGAGCAAACUUAUUCAUUUAUCAUUUACCACAAGAAUUCAAUGAUGCAGAUCUAGCACAGACAUUUAUGCCAUUCGGAAACGUUAUUUCUGCAAAAGUUUUCAUUGAUAAACAGACCAACCUUAGCAAAUGCUUUGGAUUUGUUAGUUAUGAUAAUCCCAGCAGUGCUCAGACAGCUAUACAGGCUAUGAAUGGAUUUCAAAUAGGCAUGAAACGUCUAAAAGUUCAGCUCAAACGAUCGAAGGAAGCAAGCAAGCCAUAUUAACUUUGGGAUUUCUUAUUUCCGCUUUUAUUUAAUGAUGAUAGCCUCUUUGAUGAUUUAAAACAUGCCAUGCCAUAUGUUUUCCUGCUCCUUGGUGUACAUCUGUCUCCCUGUCUUUUCUUCCUGUUAUAUGACCCUUGACCCUAAUGGUCUUCUGGAUAAGCAACGACAAAUUUUAAUCAUUGGAAUCCCAAAGAAUUUCUUAACUUCAAGUGCGAUGUGUUGCAAAACAUGUAAAAAGUGUUCUAAAGGAAGACUGAAAGAUAAACAACUGCUUAAGAUAAAGCAUUUUGCAGUGUCAAUGUUCAUAACCGUCCCUUGUACAGAGCUUGGCAUGUAAAAAACACACACAAAGAUUGGUGUGUUUAGUAUGCAUCAUUUUUGCUUUUUGUUUGAAUUUAUUAUGAAUGCCUGUGUUUUUAAUUUGUUGAAAGCUGUAGUGAUUUUUGAUAGAAUGCUUAUGUUUUUGCUUUUUCCUAAUUUCCCUAUGUUUUGUGAGAAUUGAUAGUCUUUUUUGCUGUAUAAAUUACAUGUAGCUCUUGGUAUUUGUAAUUAAUUGACUGUAUUUAUACUGUCUGUAAUUACUGUAACAUAGGUCUUUCUGAAUGAAACCUAGAUUUAUAUUUGAAUAAUGUUAAAAUUAAAUUAUUCCUCCAAAUAAUACAAAACAGAUAAUUAUUUUAUAUGAAGCAGCCAAAGUUUAUUAAAUAGUUCUGUAAUUGUCACUAAGUAUGAACGCACUUCAAUUCAAUAAUAUAAUCUAAAAUGAUUUCUGAAUAUACAUGAAAGGUAUACUGUUAUUUACUUGGCAUGUAUAUCAGGUGAAAAACCUGCAACUGUGUAGACUGGAACUCGAAUGAAACACAAACCGAUUGCCUUACAUGUUCUUUGUAAGAAGAGUUGUCCUAAUUUUUAAAAUUGAAGCAUGUGUGUACUUUCUUUAUCAUCUUCACACAAUUUUGUGUCUUCAUAGUUUUUUAGCAACACUAUUUAUGGAUCUUAAAUGUGCUGUUGGUCAAAGUGGUCAGCAUUUUGUGUAUUUUGAUGCCCUUUUCAUGGCAAAACCUUUUUGUAGGAUAAACUUGUAAUAGUUUAAUGCACAAUUGUAUUAAAACACUAAAAGAACAGAUUCUAACUUGAACUGUUUCUUGUUUCAUACCUAAGAAGCUCAAACAUUGUACAUUCAGAUUAAAACGAAUCUUGUUUAUAUUUCUUGUAAGUACUCAAGAAGUGCACAAUUCACUUUGUGUGUGCCAAAUUGCAACUGCGUAGAACUUUAGCUAUUUGUAAGUUGGCUACUUUGACCUUAAAUUACCUUAAUCUACAAUGUUUGUGUUAUCUAACUUAACAAUUUCUUGUAUAAAGCAGUUUUCUUUUUUAAUACUUAAAAAUUUGAGCUUGAAAGUUUUAAUAUUUUCCGGAGGAUUUAUUAAUGAUAUGUCCCAUGAGCUAACCCAUUAAUAUAUCUUUAUUCUUUUCCUCUUGAAUGUGAUAUUUGCCAUUUCUUAGGAAAGGCUAAAAUGUAUGGUCUAUCUCUAUAUGCUUUAGAAGAUUAUAUGUACAAUUUUUCACAAAACUGCUAGCCUAGUUGUGCACAGUUCUUCCUUUCUCUUUUCAGUUCUCCAAAAAGUUGAUAGCAUUGUUUUUGCUUCAUUUCACUAAUUCACUAAGGUGCUUUGUAUAGGUGGAAAUUCUGUACGGAUAUGACUUUUAAUUCGGUUUUUCUCUUAAAUUUUUUACGAUGUGAAUGGAAUUUGUAUUUCAUCUGUUCUGUGUAGUGGUGUACUGUUUUAUGUUCAUUUGACAUUUAACAUUGUUUUAAUGAUAAUCAACUUCAUCUGAGGGACAAUUUUGUGUUUAGUGUUUUAUGAAUAAAAUCGUGUUUUCAAUCUUUUAAUCAAAAUAUAGUUUUAAAACAAUGUUUUAUUUGGUAAAAAGUUUUGAUACCCUAAAAUCUUAUUUUGAUGUUCUUAAAUUUUAUUUAUUAUAAAAUUUAAUUUAAACUGUGCUAGAGGUACAAACUAUUGCUAAAACGAUUUAAAUUCAUUGUUUAUUUCUUAUUUAGGAAUGUAAAGGUAUGCUGAAUUUUUACACAUACGUACUUAGCUUUUUAAUCUUCAAGGAAUAUGAGGCAGUGAGAAGCAAAGGGAUGUAAGUGGCAAAAUUAAAAAUUUGGAGAUAACCAGUACAAAUGGUAGGUGAACUUCUCCUGUGUCUUUGGGCAAGCGAUAGUACUAGUAGCCCUGGUAGGUAAUGCUAUACAGCAUGAUUUAGAGAAACAUUUCAAUGAAAGCCUACUUAGACCCACAACUUUAAACGUGUUUUACUCAACUUGAAAAUGUCCACUUACAUCCCUUUGCUUCUCACUGCUUCAUAUGAUAUCUUCUACUUUUUUUUGUUUUGAUUAAACUUAUUUUUUAACAAUAAAUUUAUAUGUAAAUUAAAAUUCAUUAAUUGAAUAUUUUCAUAAGGUUGAUAGUUUUUAUAUUAAUCUUGCUUUCUUUGUAGAUUGUUUGUUGUUUGUACUAGAAAUACCCUCUCAAAAACUCAUAGUAUGUCUAAUCAAAAACUUCAUUAUGUGGUUACCAUGCUUAUUAAAGCAUGUGAAUAUUACAGCUUCCAUGGAAACGAUACAUUGUACAGUUUUGAUACCAAAGCUGCUAAGGCUAUUAGGAAAAAAAAUAAUUUUUUACUCAAAGCAAAAUUAAUGUAGAUUUUAUAUUGUUAAUCUGUGUAAAUUCACUUUGACUGUCAUAACAUCUCUUUUUUUUAAUGUAAAACAAUCACAUUUGGUUUCCUCAUUACAAAUUGGCAUAAAUUUUAGUUUGUUGGGUAAUAUAUUUUUCUUUUUAUUAUAUAAUUUAUUUUUAUUCUGUACUAAGUGUUUCUCAGUGUUCCUUAAUACCUCCUUGGGGAGGUUGAAACUAUGCUUAUUAAUGACAUUUUCAUGAUAUUUGUGGUUUGUAUUUUUGUGUUACAUUGACUCUUUAUACCCUUGUACAGAAAAAGCAACAAAAUAGCGGCAUUUCUGUACUGUAAUGCCUUACCAAAUUUUUAGUCCUGUUCUUAAAUUGCAUAAGAGGGACUUGCAUCUGUACAGCAAAUGGAAAAUAAGAAAAUUAGUAAAGAAAUUUAGACAAUUUUUCUGGGUAAGCUGUUCAAAGGACAGAGACAUAUAUAUUAUUAAAAGAUAAAAC